ACGUGGGUGCUCCCGGUUCCGGCGCGGUGGAGGCCGGGGGUGGCGAACAAGUCUCCGGCACCAUGUCUGGUUUGUCUGGCCCACCAGCCCGGCGUGGCCCUUGUCAGUUAGCGUUGCUGCUUUUAUUCCUGCUUGGUCCCAGCUCGGUCUUCGCCAUCUCCUUCCAUCUGCCGGUUAACUCCCGCAAGUGCCUCCGCGAGGAGAUUCAUAAGGACCUGCUGGUGACGGGCGCGUACGAGAUCACCGACCAGUCUGGGGGCGCUGGCGGCCUGCGCACCCACCUCAAGAUCACAGAUUCGGCUGGCCAUAUUCUAUACUCCAAGGAGGAUGCAACCAAGGGGAAAUUCGCCUUUACCACUGAAGAUUAUGACAUGUUCGAAGUGUGUUUUGAGAGUAAGGGAACAGGGCGGAUACCUGACCAACUCGUGAUCCUAGACAUGAAGCAUGGAGUGGAGGCGAAAAAUUACGAAGAGAUUGCAAAAGUUGAGAAGCUCAAACCUUUGGAGGUGGAGCUGCGACGCCUAGAAGACCUUUCAGAAUCUAUCGUUAAUGAUUUUGCCUACAUGAAGAAGCGAGAGGAGGAGAUGCGUGAUACCAACGAGUCAACAAAUACUCGUGUCCUGUACUUCAGCAUCUUCUCCAUGUUCUGCCUCAUUGGACUAGCCACUUGGCAGGUCUUCUACCUGCGCCGCUUCUUCAAGGCCAAGAAAUUGAUUGAGUAACCAGACCCACUCUCCUCCCACCAGCAGAACAUCACUGGGACGUGCCCAGCCUGAGGCACCCUACUAAGAGCACCAUCAAGGCACGUUGGAACCUUCUUGCCGGAACUGAUUUCUCUGGGUGUGGGAGGACAUGGGUUACCACCCACACCCAGCAAGUCACUGAGGGACUCCUUUUUAACUUGAUAGGAUUUGGACUGGUUUUGCAACAAUAGGACUAUUAUUAGAGUCAUCUAUGACAAAAAAAUAGGGGUUACCUAGAUAAUGCCAAAGCCAGUUGGGUUUCCUCGUGUGAUCUCUUCGAACCAUGGUUUUCUUUUCCUCUCGCACUUGCUCAUCAGCUUGGGCUUCCACUUUAGUUCCUUUACCAAGAUUUGUAUGACCAUGUGGAACUCGUUUCAUUCUGAUUGUCCUCUUUGGAUUUCCUUGUGAAAACACCCUUAACUUUAUCUUAACCCUUAGCUGAAAUGCUUAGGUAGCUUCUGCCAAUACCCUUUCAUAAUUUUAUCCUUUCAGUUUAUGUCUCUUAAAAGGGUGAUGGAUGACACCUCAUAGAAAUGAGCUUUGAACUGUAGAUAACUUUUAAAGAAAAUUUCAUUUUAGAGAAUUAAAAUAUUUGUGCUCAAUUGCUUGAA